AUGGGUGCUAGACGUCCGGCACCUCAUGAUGACUACUGGGAUACGCAGUCAUUGACUGACAGUGUAAUCGAUUAUCCUGUCGAGAAUGGAAGAACCUAUCACAGGUACCACGAGGGAGCUUAUAUAUAUCCCAAUGAUGAGCAGGAGAUUGAUCGCCUGGAUAUGCAACAUCACAUGUUCAAAAUGGCGAUGGACGGGAAGCUAUUCCAAGUUCCCCUCCAAGACCCAAAGAAGAUCCUUGAUAUUGGUACUGGCUCAGGAAUAUGGCCAAUAGAGAUGUCGGCCUUGUUUCCAAACGCCGAAAUCGUAGGGACGGAUCUGUCCCCAGUGCAGCCAACAGAGGUUCCACCAAACGUCCAUUUCCUGAUUGAUGAUGCAACCGAAGAAGAGUGGAUAUGGAACCAAGAUUAUUUUGAUUUCAUCCAUACCGGCCACUUGACUGGGGCAAUGCCAUCAUUCAAACAUGUACUACGACAGUCAUUCAAACACCUCAAACCGGGGGCAUACAUGGAAUGUCACGAGCUCGACCCGAAACCAAAAUGCGACGAUGAGACCAUGCCUCCCGAAAACCAAGACGGGGGAUACAGCGCAUACGCCAUGCAUGAUUGGGUAGACCUUAAUAUACGAUCGAGCCGUGAUUCCGACCCACCAAGACAAUUUCGAAUCGCCCACCGGAUUGCACAGUGGAUGAAGGAUAUAGGAUUCGUCGACGUUGAACAACAGACCUUCAAAAUCCCGACAAAUACCUGGCCGGAGGAUGAGAAGCUAAGGAAAAUCGGCUUUUGGAGUAAGAACAAUUGGCUUGAUGCUUUGUCCGGGUGGUCAUAUAAGCCCUUUCUUGCCCUUGGGUGGUCGAAACCCGAAAUUGAAGUCUUCCUCGUUGAUGUGAGGAAGAGUAUACAGGACCGAAGUGUCCACGCUUAUAUGGACUUUUAUGUGGUGACAGGGCGGAAGCCCCUUCCCAAUGAAGUUGAUCCCGAGUGCUCGCGACAAGCCCAAGACAGCAAUCGGCUUGCACAUGUCCUAGCCAACCACAUGUCUUUCGGCAGACAUGUCUACCGGCAUGCUCUAAAGCCGCCACCUACUCCAACACUUGAGCAUCCCUGGAUCAGCGAUGACCUACUCGCAGCCACGUUUCGUCGCUUCGCCAACGGUCAACGGCGCCAUGGGAGCUGUGUUCCCGGGCCAUUGGAAGCACGGAGACGCCUUGCAAAGCGAAGGAACACCGCUCUGGCGAGCAUAGGGGGAGGACCGGCUGAAGAUAUCGCCUGCCUGUUUGGCCGCAAUGGGAGGGAGCACAUGAAAUGGACCGACCAUCCGUGGCAGAGAGCGCCAUUCGAAACCCAGAGCCUCGCAGAUCAUUCUUUGGGUCCUCCUGAACUACCUUUCUCUUUCUCCGACCAGAACCCAGCGCCUGGACCCCAUUCUACUCAUGGCCCUCCGUCGUACAUUGCCAAUGCAGAUCAAGUUACACGCGAGCAGAUGCUGGAGGCAUUCUUGGAUGGGAAGAAUUGGGGCAUUGAAGAUGCAAGGGAUUUCACUCGUCGGUUGAGGAUUGACCUCCACCAGGAGCCGCGAUACAGCCGGCAGAUAUUCGAGCGGUUACUUGCUCGUUCAGACCCAGAUCUUACAGAAGCAAUUGCGUUCUUGGAUGAUCCGUUCCUGAAUACCCGGGGAUCGGGAAAUUAUGCUGCAGCUGUCGAAAUCUUUGUGCGAACAAAAACGAAACGCGGCAAACGGACCGCUGUUUUGAAUGCGAUAAAUCGGGCUUUAGAGUUGGGGUUGAUUUCAACCGAUGAGAUCUGUUUGAUUAUUACUGCUUUACCCAAUAUUAUCGUCGAGCGAAACAAGACUCUGGGAUCGUGGGACCAUAAAGCUUUGUUGAAGCACUACCGGGCGAUGUGGAAAGCCAUUGGGUGCUGUAACAUCCUCGGAUACCACGAUCUGGACAGAAACAUUGUUGAUGCUUGGCUUGAAGUGCUCUUGCGUACUCGCAGCUUUCGUUUUGCCGAGGAACUCAUCAUCGAAACCCAUGAUGCAGAGAGCCGCAGCCAGUGGCCUUCUGCUUUGGUUCAAGCUUGGUUGGAAUCUAUGGAAGUCGAUUCGGAGACAAGCUUGCCAUUUCCAGACAAGAUCUUCAGCCAGCUUGAUGUUAACAGCGCGGCGGACUGUGUGAUUCGUGUAACCGAGUCAUUGGCAUCGUCUUCAGCAGACAGGGACUCCAGAAACCAAUUGCUUGAAAGAUGGCGGGAUUGCCUCUCGAAUGCCGAAGUCAUUUCGACUGUUGCAAAGUCACAGGUCUGGUUCGAUUUCCCUCUCCCGUGUGUCCAAACACAGAUCAAGCAUGCCCCUCUGAGCCAUUCAACCCAACGUCAGAUAAUUUUGCGACUCUGGCUUCUACGAACGCUUGGUCGAUCCAUUGGGCCCAUGUACAGCAAAAGUUCAAGAGCAGCAGAUCAACCAAUCUGCUCAUUGCUAAAUCUAUACGAAACGGUGAUACAAGGUACCAGCGGAAUAUUCUUUCCGGACUUUAUGCGGGAAAUUCAUGACCUCGAUCUCCCAUACAAUAGCCUUCUGAUCCUAGCCCUCAACAAAAAGGGCAAAAAUUCCAUUACCAAAACCACCCGCAAAACCCUUGAACGUUUGGAGACCUGCCAGCUCUCUCUAGCAGAAGUGUGGAAAAACCCAUCCAUAUAUAAGGGAAUACAAGGUCUUUUCCACAGCACAUUCGACCAAAUGUUCCACUGCAUCGACCUCACCAGCCCGGCCACAGUUGAAGAGCUCCUUAGUGUUGUUCGAUCAGGAGACUCAAAGAGCAUAUGGCCCAUCCUCAGACUCCUCAACAACAACACCCCAUUUAAGAUUAGCCUCCACAAAGCUUGGCAGCCUAUCCCCCACCCCGACGAGAAAGUCCUCGUGCGAUAUCACCCAGGCCCGCGAAACAGCCGAUGCCCCGAUCCCCAUGCAGCGGUCGACCUAAUAAACCAGCUGGCGGUUGCUCUCUCCUGCUGCAAGCACUUGACUCCGUCCCAGUCUUUCCAUAUGGUUCACUGGCUUUACGGAUAUCUUCGCAGACACGGCGGGCCCGUGGAUCCGGAGUUCGUGCGGGCCAUGUAUCAUGCUGGUGUUGUCCGGUACCGACGUGACGGUCGCCGUAUCUCGGCUACUCAGUAUGAGUACAUUCUUUGGAUUGUCGGCAAGUUUGAAAGCUCUGAGGUUGUUGAAGAGCUCACUGCUUUGCCUCAGAUUGGUGAAUCGAGGCUUGACUGGCGGUAG